CAAGGAGCAUGAAUAAAAUAUGAAAAGCGUUCGAGUUGAGGCUGAAGCCGUGUAUAAGUGUUGACGACGUUCCCUGGUUAUCUUGACGAUGUGAACUCAUCUAAUGCAAAUCACGCGCGCUGUGGCCUCCACGCAAUCAAGCAUGUAUUAUGCUCUCGGAUUGGGUGUGACCGGAGCAGUGUGUGUGCAGCGAGUACAGACUGACAGACUGCAUCAGCCAAAACACAAUACAAAUGUAGCCAUUUUCAAGUCUGUUUUCAUUGACGUGUUGUAGAACACUCGUUUCCUCUGUUGGUGUGUUGAUGCUUAUGAUAUCAUCCAUUUGUCGGCUUUCAUUGUCAUAUGUGAUCUGUGGAUUUCCGUCAGUGGUGAAGCGAUACCUUCCACAAGUGUAAACCAGAGUAUCACUACAAGCAAUAGCCAUGGGAGGAGGUUGUUGUGACUGUGCACUAUGCCGUUGUCUCAAGCGUGUACCGUAUGGUACACUGUUUGCUAUUCUACUCCUUGCCGGUGGAUUAGCUCUGUUGACCUACGAAAUACUCUAUAUCCAAGUUGUGGCGGAUAUGAUGUUCCGCUUUGACGCUGAUUUCAGUAAGACCAGUAUAUUGUUUGAAGGCACCGGUACAUUAUUCUGGGUUUUGAUUGGUGCUGUAGCCGUGAUGGGUCUCUAUGGCAUCUUACUGCUGGUGUUUGCGUGUCUUACAACUGGUCCCUCUGGACAAAAUACAUGUGGAAGUGAACAUGUCAGAUGUAUCGGUCCCUGCAGCACCAACAUACUAAUCAUGGUUACCUAUGUGGUGUGUGGUGUGUGGAUUGCCUUGACUGUAGUCUUGGCCAUGCCAUUUACAUUCAUGUUGAUGGUUCGUUCCUACUGCAAGAAUAUCACACCAUCAUCUUGUAUUGAUCUUAGUCACUAUGGUCUGACUGGAAAUGUUAAGACCGCAGCUGCCCAAAACACUACUAUGGAGCCGGUGUGUGGAAAUUCGCUUCAGAGCUUCUGUGACAAUAAUGGAUCCAUUUGGCUGUCGUCCUUUCUGGCUAUGGCUGCCUGUAUCAUGAUCGUCAUUGCCCUGAUUCACUUCUUGAUGGCCCUAUCUGCUAACCACACCUAUCAGAAAAUGCUGAGUGGUGAUCAUCCAACUCGUAGUAAGUAUGGCAAUGAUUACCGUCGUGCUUAUGGUGAUGCUGAUAUCCCAUUGCAAGAACCACUAAAUAUUCAUGAUGAAAGCACACGAUUCUGAAGCGAGGCUAGGAGACCAAAAAUUGACGUAGUUCGGAUAGGAACUGCAUCAUCAGACUCAGAAAAUCAUGGCCAAGAUACCUGGUGAAUACAGGAUGAGAUCUAGGGGACUCAUAUACACCUACAGGUGAAACUUGAUUAGUUGUGAGUGCUUGUGGUGCAUUUGUUAGAUACAACUUUAUGUUGUAUAAUGUAUUGCGUUCAGAGUGGUACGGUGCGCUUAAUAAUGCGAGAUUUCUGGCUAAGAGUUUUCUGUCAACUGAAAGUUAACAUGUGAACUGCGGUGCUCGCUUUAGAUGAUACAAAACUGGCGUCACAUGAGCAUAUACGUAGAAGUUUACAUUAACUUCAAUUUAAGACGCAGGCUUGUGAAUCUAAAAGUUGGUAUACUUAUGACAAGAUAGAGGCUAGCUAUACAGGGUGGUUUGUUGUCAAGAUUUCAUGUGAAGUAGCUAGCUCUUGUUUUGAGAUGAAGCUGGUGAUUACACUCUAAGAGGAGUAGCCUUAUAAUUGGACUGAGCCUUAUUUCUAUCAAAAAUGGAACGUUUGUAUGAAUGGAUACGCACAAAUUGGAUUGUUACAAGUCAUAAUAGGACAAUUAGAAUAUAUCAUGUUUAUACAGAUUCCCCUACGUCUCUCAAUAUUUGGUCUCCAAUCCUUAGCUGUAGAAGUUGAAAUUACAAUCGUGCGUGUCAUAAUUUCGGCUACAUCGUAUUAAUUAAUCGUCGUGAAAGUUAAACAAAAUACACGAGCUUUCAGUUUCUAUGGAUAUUGUAUUACUAUGACGUGUAAUUAUCUAUCAUUAAAUUAUAUGUAUAUUAGAUUAAUGAAUGUUUGUGAAUGUUUAACUGUGCUGAGGCAAAGUAAACUUUUAUCAUGACUUAAUUAAGUGUCCUUUGAAACUUAUCCGUAUCGGGUAGUACUCUAUCACAUGGGUUUGGCAUGUACAUUCACAGUUCACAUAUUAUGGUAUGAAACUGAUUUUCCUAUAUUACACUCUAUUAUAUUACAAUAAAGAUGUCCCAACUGCGCCCACUCCCGAUAAAAUCUUCUUUCGAAGAUUGCUAAUUCGUGAAUACCUGAUUUUCGAAGGUUUUUCUUUUCAAAUUAUUUUAAGAAUUUAAGAGAUACGCCGGAAAUAAGGGGAAAAAAGAAGGAAAAAAAAUGUGGCAGACAAAAUAGCCCUAUCCCUCCCAAGCCCGCCGUAGAAAAGAAAUACGUAAACUCAUCAUUAAAGAAGACCUACCGAUUAAACUUAUCAUAAAAGAAAACCUACUACGGUUCUUUAGGCUGACAGGGAGACUGUGACAAAUUAGACGUUGCGUUAGGAUGCUGGAUUUGUAUGCAUGUUCAAAUUAAACACGAUUCUAAUUGAUAUCCUUACAGUGCAGAAUCAGGGUGAUCAUCUUUCUUGUCAAAUAUAAACAGGUUUUUAUGACACUCAGGGAAGCCCCUUUUCGUGAAACUUAGUGUGCUUUCCCAUUCUUUGUAGUGAACCAGUACCGUUAUCAUUAAUCUUAAGGGUGUUCCAAAAAUAUUGGUGAGAAUAAUACAGAUAACACACUGUGAUGAUUAUUCGUUGUUCCUGAAUUCACAUUUGUGUCAAUGCAAUGCGGUCAAUCAACAUUUUUAAUAACGUAAUGACCAUGCAAAUUAAAACAAAAUUAUGACGUCAAUUUCGUUUGGGACACUCUUAAUAGAACGUAUUAACUCUUCUUAUGUGAUUGAUCAAAGUGAAAUGUUUGUCAUCAGUAAUGUAGAUGUAGGACAACCGUAAGAUUUAACGUAGAAGAUCUCCGAUAAUCUGGUCGACGCUUAGGUAGAAAACAAUUGCUGGAAAAUGUGCACACAAAAAAACUUGUUUUCUGUGAGGGGUAACGCUCUUCUCAUCCCUUCCCGAAACUCCGCCUACAAAGUGGUAAUUGAUAAAGGAGUUUGGAGGAAUUCGCACGGCUGAACACAGGGUGGAAAAAAGGGAUGGGAUCGAGAUAAAUAUCAAAAGAUAAUAUCUUUGAUGAUGUAACUUAGUAAGCAUCAGUUUAAAUUGGGAUAUUCCCUGUUGGCGAAAUUAAUAUUCCAGCUGACAAAUCAUGGCUUCAACCAGAAAAUCGGAAACCUUUGACAUGAUAUAAAGCCAGUUUUAGUAAGCUAUAGAACUACUAAUAAAAGUUGGUACAAUUUGUGACACUUUUGUGAAUACAACUCUAUUGAUGCAUUCAGCUUUUUAAAGCUUUUCGGUAGUGUAUUGACAGUAAAUGUACAAGUAUAAAGUAAAACGCAUAUCAUUGGCAAGUGGCGAUUGUGAACCAAAUUAGAAUAAAUUGGUAGGCCUACGUGUAAUUGGUCAAAUUGUUCGUACAUGAACUACAAGUACAGUAUUCAACAUGUUAUAAUGUGUGGUGCAAUGAUGGUGCUUUGGAUCUCGGUGUUAACGAUUAUAAGUAAAUCUUGAGGUUUUGCAUUCAUUUCACCUUCAAGCUAACUAGUCGUUAAAACUAAGCUGUAUCACUUUAGAAUGACGAUAAAUGCACAUUAAUUGUGGCUACGUGAUUUUCGUUUACAACUCUCUUGCAAUGACAACCUAAAGUACAAAGACUGAUUACAUGUAUGAUUUUCAAUGCUGCCUUUCCCGCAAUUUUAAAAAGGAAAUUAUUUUUUGUAUAUAUAUAUCUGUUUAAAUUCUUUUAUCUGAAAUAGCAAAUACUGACAUUUAGUCUUGAAGGUUUUUUUUCAAGAGGGAUUGUGAACUCAAACAGGAAAACCGGAUAUUAAUUUAGAGAAUGUUGUAUACGUUCUAUUCAAGCUUCAAACUGCGCUCCAAAAUAUCUAGGUUUAAAACAAAAACGGAAAAUAAAGUUUGAAACAUAGAAAAACUGCGAACAAUUCCAAUACAAAUUGUUGAUAAUAUUUAGACACCAGAAUUGUUAAUAGUAAAAUUAAGAAUUUCUGGUUUUAUUUAUGCGUUUAAAUUUGUCAAAACAAAAUAUAAAAGGAAACAAAAAAAUGAAACGAAACAAAAAAGGGGCUGGGAAUAUUAUUUUGUUUUGUAAAACAUUUUAUUUUAGAGCAAUGUGUCACCCACAAACAAGUUCAUUUCUGAAUAAAAUGUCGUUAAUUUUUAUAUUUUUCUUUCUUAGACUGUACAGAACAUACAGCAUAAUGUUUUAUUUAAAAUCUAAACAUGCAGUGUUUUCAGUUGAAUUUCUACUGUACAAAUAAGUUUGCAUUUAUUCUUAUGCUGUUUAUGAAUAAAUGUCUGUAAAACCUUAAA